UUCGUAGAAACUCAGAAAGCGCAACUUUAAAAAGUAAACAAAACAUUUUGCAUAAAAAGUCAGCAAAAUGACAAAUUCACCGCUGACUUCAUACAUCAAAUGUUCGCGAAUUGUAUUUAAUGUACAACCAUCGGAAGUUUGGAUUAAUUACAAUGAAUUUGAAGAUUCUUUGCGUGAAUUAUAUUCUUCGAUUUUGUGCAACGCUUGCCGUGAGAUUCUAAAAAAUCCAGUGAUACCGAAGAAACACCACUUCUCAUGCCAGCAUCGUGUUUGUUUAGAUUGUAUAGGUAAAAAAAGAGCGUCACAAAUCAAUUGUAAGAUGUGCUCUGACUAUACUCUCUUCGAGAAAAGUAAUUCGACCAACCUACUGCUAAAGUGCUUCCAGGAACUCUGUGAGAUUGUGCAGGGAAGUUGGAUCUAUGAAUAUGUAAAGAAACAAGCGCAUCAUGACACGGGUCAAAGUGAUAAAACAAGUUUAAUUGAAAUUAUUGAUGCGGGAAUGAACUAUGGUCGAGUUUCGAUUGUUUUGGAUGACACAUCCAGUGAUGAAAAUUCAAACAGUUCCGAUUCCAACAAAGACCCCACGACAACACUUCGAUCAACUCCAUACGCAUCUCAAAUCUUCCCUAACAUUUCUCCGCUUUCACCAGUAAAACCAGGGAUCGUGCAAUCACCCGAACCAUUCACAAUUAUCUCAGAACCAGUGAUACCAAUGCCAGCACCUCUCACUGUCAUACCAGCAUCCUCACCGCCUCUUCCUCAAAUAGUUCAGUUCCAUCCACAGAUUGUACAACCACAAGUUCCAAGCACAUCGAAAUUUCCACCAAAUCACCAACAGAUAUCUCCAAGUUUUGUUAAAUAUCCACCACCGUCACCAAUGCGCAUAAAUCCAAUUGCCCCAGCAAUUCCUCUAGGGUCAACGACGGGAAAGCCAAUCAUGUCAACGAUGAAAAUGCAAUCGACGUUUGCCUCAUCAUCGCCAACAAUUUAUUCUGUGAUGUAUACGGGAAGUGGCAACAAAAUUACCUUGAAACGCAAGCCACCAGAAGACGUCGUGACACCUGUAAACACAAAUAAUUUGACCAUUCUCAAGACUGAAAAUAACACUUUGAGCUCGAAUUUUAAGCGGCCUCCGGUUCAAAUAUCAUCACAACAAACGCUUCAAACUCAAUCAAAUACAGCACCAAUAACAUCAGCAAAUGUGAUCACAACAAUUCCAUCAACAACAUCAUCUAAUUCAAACCUCAAUAAUGAUCCCACGAAGCGAAGAGGAUGCAGAUGUGGAAAUGCAACAGCGGCACCAGGAAAAUUGACUUGCUGUGGCCAGCGAUGUCCUUGCUACGUAGAUUCAAAGGCUUGUAUUGAUUGUAAAUGUAAAGGGUGUCGGAAUCCACAUUAUGUUGACGGACAUAAAAAGAUGAGACAUCACGUACCUGAUGUUAAAACUCAACAACAACAGCAACAACAUUUUCUCGCUUCAAUUCAACAGCAAACAACGAUUGUCAAAGACAUUCAUAAGUCAGCGAUUCCUUCAACUUCCGUGAUAAAACAUGAAGAUUUUAGUCACUUAGAUCAACAACCAACGAUCAUCUCAAAAGGUCAACAAAGUUCCAUUAACAGUUGCAUUAUAAGCAACAACAAUGGUCAAUAUCAGAUAAAGCAAAAUCAUCCGAGAAUUCUCGUUAAAGAACCUUCAUUGAAGACCAUGAGUCCUUUGAUAUUUCCAACAUCAUCAGCAAUCUUGCCAGUGGUUACGAGUGUCAGCAAUUCGAAUUUACAAAUCGUAGGUGUUUACUCGCAAUCCGAUAAGAAAAUUGUCAUCAAAAGUGAACAACAACAGCAGCAACCACAAGCGAUUUCAUUUGCUGACACAACGAAGCAAAUUUUCGAGUCUAAUACGAUCUAUGCUGGAAAUCUCAACACAAAUUUACUUUAAUUUUGAAUACUUUGUUUAUAUUUUUUAUGUUUGUCGUCGUCGUCAUUAGAUAUGUUGUCAAUGUCAAGUUUUAAUCUUGUAAUUGUAGGUACUAAAGUCGCCGUUGAAUAUUUAACGUGAUUGAUAAAAAAAUUGAAAACUUUUUGUUCUCUUCUCAGACAAAACAAAAAGAAAAUGCAAUAUUUAAGAACUGAUGAUGAUGAUGAAGAUUUUGAUUUUAUCUCAAUGACAGUAACUCAAUUAGAAAAUUAAUAAAUAAAAUAAAAUUAA